UCCUGAACAGACAGAGAGGUGCGUUUAGUCCUCUUGGCUCUGCCGGACUUUCAGAGUGCGGCUGCUGAAGCCCAACAGUCAGCGCGGUGCAGAACAACCAGCCCACAUAGACUUUGAUCAAGUGGGAGCUUUUUACGCACGCGUGUUUUUUCUCAGUGCUGAAGUCAAAGUUUGGAUUUUUUUUUUCCCAUCUGAACUCAGCACAUCUUCACUGACUGUAUGAAGUAGCUUUGGACAUUUGGACCCCGUGCAGUAACACAGCUUGUCACCUGAAAUGACCGCUGAGGCGCAUUCGCAUCUGGGACUGCAGAAAACCAACAUGGAUUUUGUGAGCGACUUUGACUUGAUGAAGUUCGGCGUCAAAAAGGAGACGAUGCACGGGAUAGAGCGCUCCUUCGUUGGACCAUGCAGCCAGCUCCAGCGACCAGACUCUGUCUCCUCCACUCCUGCCAGCACACCUUGCAACUCAGUGCCCUCUUCACCAAACCUCAAUCCAAACGAGCAGAGACAUAACCCCGGGAACGACCACUUCUGGGUACCAAACAACGGGGGUUACCCGCAGCAAAUGUACCACCAAGCUUUUGGUAUAACCCCCGAGGACGCAAUGGAGGCCUUAAUCGGCGCUACCGCGCAGCAGGGACACCCAACUGCGCCCCACGGCCACCAUGCGCCUCCUUUCCAAGCUGAAUACGACGGCUACGGACAUCUGGGUGAGCCCGUCCAGCACUACCCAGGACUCUCAGGCCACCCUGAUGUGCAAGGCAUCCCCGGCAGUCACUGCCAAGAGCCCUUCCUCAAAGAUGACCUGGGGAGCGCAUCCCCCCAGUCGCCGGAGGCCCAGCAGGUGAUCGGUGCGCACCACCACCUGCAGCAGCAGCAGCACAGCCGCCACGACCGGCGAUCCAACGCCGAGAGCCACUUCUCAGACGACCAGCUGGUGUCCAUGUCCGUCAGGGAGCUCAACCGGCUCCUCAGAGGCCUGAGCAAGGACGAGGUGAUGCGUCUGAAGCAGAAGCGACGGACCCUGAAAAACAGAGGUUACGCUCAGUCCUGUCGCUACAAGCGCGUGCAGCAGAAACACAUCUUGGAGCACGAAAAGACCAGCCUGGUGUCACAGGUCGAGCAGCUGAAACACGAACUCAGCAGACUAAUGCGGGAGAGAGAUGCAUACAAACUCAAAUGUGAGAAACUGUCCGGUGCAAACAGUUACCAUGAAACUGGCUCCACCAGUGACAACCCUUCCUCUCCUGAAUAUUUGAUGUGAGUUUUUAAUUUCCUGCAGGACUGAUCUUUUUUCAGAGAGAGAUAUUAAGUUGACAGCUCUGUAACUGAAGGAUGCACCAAGUCUAAUGAAUGAUGGACAAAAGGAUAUCACUCCAGUAAUUGUAAUAGAUAGAACUAAGCAAAAAAGUUAUGAAUGGAAAAUGAAGAUGAAGCAUGCAUGCAGGACAUGUAUGAGAUGUUUUUAUUAUAUCCAGGUAUAUCUGUAUUUUGUUUGACAGGAGAUACUUGAAAUCAGAGAAUACUCCCUUUUUUUAUUGAUGUACACUUUUAAUCCUCCUGCUUCAGUUACUGCUCCUUUUAUUUUGGUGAUUUUUGCUUCACUUAGUUUUUGUAGCUUCUGUUCAUGCUUCUUUACAUUUAAAACACACUGAAAAGAAUGAUGCUAUAAUUAUACUUCUUAUUUUUAUGAAGCUAAUUCUGCUGGACGGAUGUGUUCCUCAUUUAUUUUUGUUUUUAAGAUAAUAUAUAAUUAUGCAAAUUGUUUUUUUCCACUUUGUUUUUCAUUUACUAUUGAUCAAUAAACCCAUUGUGACUUUUUUAAAAUGGUGUCUUAUCAGCUGU